UUUUUUUUUUUUUUGUGGGUAGAGAGAAUUACAACUUACAAGAAUAAUGAUAUAGAAAAAAUUUGUCCGUUCGAUUUUAAUUCUUAAUACUAUCCCUUAAACUUAAUCAAUUAAGUUAACUGAUAUCCACAAUAAACUAUGAUUUAUAAAUUACAGGUAUAAUAAAAAAUAUCUUUAAUUAAAAAAAUCAAAAUCUAAAGAAAGAAGUUCCUAAAUUUUAUGAUGAUCUACCUAAAUAAAAUAUAAAAAUCAAAUUAAUUUCUUUCUCCACUUUUUCCAAAUCCUAUAUAAUCCUCAUUCUAACAAACUCCCUCCUUCUCCACGUUCCAACCCACCAAACAUUUUUUUUUUUUUUUUUGAAAAAAAAAAAACUCUCAAAAUUCCAAAAAAAGAAAAAAAAAAUAAAAAUGAAGGCACCUCUAACAUCAUCAAUGGCGAUGAAUCAAAUGGUGAGAAAAGCUCGAAUAUCAACACCCUUCAUCUUCACUCUUCUCGCUUUCAUCAUCUUCGUUGUCAUUUUGUACGGUCAAGAUUUCGCCUGCACUUUCUCUAGUUUUGAUGAUCACCAACACUUGCAAACACUCGAUAAUUCCUUUCACAACUCCAAACUUCACCCCAGCUUUGUGGAGAGAAAGGAGAAGAAGAAUAAGGGGAAGAGAAAGAAAAGACUGCCGUUCGCGGUGGGGAAGACGGCGGAGGAUUGUGAUAUAUUCGACGGCGAAUGGGUGAAAGACACGGUGGAUAAGCCAAUGUACGAGGAAUGGGAGUGUCCGUACAUUCAACCACAGUUGACAUGUCAAGAACAUGGUCGUCCUGACAGAGGCUAUCAGAAUUGGCGUUGGCAGCCUCGCCGUUGUGAUCUUCCUAAAUUCAAUGCAACCUUAAUGCUGGAGACUCUUCGGGGCAAGAGAAUGCUGUUUGUUGGCGAUUCCUUAAACCGGGGUCAGUACAUUUCCAUGAUCUGUCUUCUGCAUAGACUUGUACCUGAAGAAGGCAAAGUGAUGGAGAACUCUAACUCUUCGUUGACAGUCUUCAGAUUAAAGGAUUACAAUGCGACCAUUGAAUUCUACUGGGCGCCCUUCCUGCUUGAGUCAAACUCCGAUGAUGCUGUUGUACACAGAAUACAAGACAGAAUAGUUCGCAAGGGAUCUAUAGAUACACAUGGGAAACACUGGAAAGGAGCUGAUAUUGUGGUGUUUAACACAUACCUCUGGUGGAUGACUGGUCUUCAGUUCAAGAUCUUAAAAGGGUCUUUCAAAGACGAGGUGCUGGAAAUCGAAGAGCCCUCCACUGAGGAUGCUUAUCGAUUGGGAAUGAAGAGCAUGUUGAAAUGGGUUGAGAGAAAUAUGGACCCAAAGAAGACGAGGGUCUUCUUCACUAGCAUGUCACCUACUCAUGCAAAGAGCAUAGAUUGGGGAGGUGAGGAAGGUGGAAACUGUUAUAAUGAAUCGACUUUGAUAGAGGAUCCUGAAUACUGGGGUUCAGAUUCUCGUAAAAGCAUAAUGAAAGUAAUUGGAGAAGAGUUCAGCAAAUCUAAGGCGCCUGUAACAUUUCUCAACAUCACACAACUAUCCAGCUACCGGAAGGAUGCACACACACAAAUUUACAAAAAGCAGUGGAACCCUCUGACUCCAGAGCAGAAAGCAGACCCUAAGAGCUAUGCAGAUUGUGUGCACUGGUGUCUGCCAGGAUUACAAGAUACUUGGAAUGAACUACUAUUUGCAAAACUGUUCUAUCCUUAGCACAAGAGACUGGUUCAAUUCUAGAGCUUCUAUGAUUACUAUCUGAGGUUUGUUCAUGGAUGAAAGCACCCUGAUACCUAACUUGCCAAGGGCAACAAUUUUGGAAAGAAGAUGAAUCAAGGAAUUAAGAAUGACGAAGUUUUGUGUACAAAUUAUGUUGAAAACGAUUGUAAGUAAUAUAAGUGAUUCAAAUGGGAUUAAUUCUUUGUACAUGAACAAUCAUGUAAUGCAGAAGAUUAUACAGAAAUGAAAUUUCUGGAAAAAUUUCCAGGUUAAUGUUC